AUGGGGAGCGACUGGCAUCCACGCAGGCACCCGCAGCCCGAUUCCAACCACUUUCCCCGAACCCUCCCCAGCUUUGCUGAGCUGACAUCGUCGUCGUCCGACUCAGUCCUGCAACGUCCGCGUGACUCUGUGCCGCCGCCUACGCCAGCCGACCGGCCUGUCUCGCAACCCACGCCGCCGACGACGCUCGCUGCGCUGGACUUUGCGAAUUCGAAUUCGUCGGCCUCUUUCACAGCAAUCAAUCACUCGAGCCCGCAUGUCAGCCCCACCAACACCAGAAUUCCAGCACUUGCACCAGAACAUCAAAGGUUUUCUCUUUCAUUACCACAGGCGACUGCCGCAUCAUACAGCCCGGCAGUCUCGUCAUUUGGUUCAUCUCGACCUUUGCAAGACGCUGCACCACCGCAGCCACCACCAACUGUCAACGUUCGCCAAGACUCUGCCAUCUCCCAGCACCGCUUCGACAACUCCAAAGAAGCCGAGUCCUCUCUCCCUUCAGCUGUUCUUGCCUUUUCUUAUUUCCACCCUGUUGUGGGUAAUGGCCGUCAGUCCAACGCUUCUCCUCAUUCCCCAGCGAGCGAAUACCGCUCAAACCAGGCACCUGUAGAGACAGGAACCCGCAACCAAAACGGUGCAACCUCGCCCUCGUUAUCUUCAGACGCCCACAUUUUUGCAGAAUCUUCCAGGUCACCAGAGCAAGCGCGAGACGCCAACACAGAUUCCGGAUCCAGGAGACCAUUACCAUCUCCUACAUUGGAUCAAACAAACAGCAGUGGACGACAUCAACGCUACAACGUAAGAUUUAACACCGUCUACACCUCGGAAAACAUGCCGCCCAACCAAAGACCCCGGCCAGACCCUCAUCCGACGGCCCCUGUGCCAGUGGAGACUCCCGAAGAACAGCCAUCGCCUGAGCACACUAUCAAGCCUUCUGUGGAGCAAGCUAUCUUGGCCAUCACCACUGCAGCUCCUCCCCCUAUGGAGGAUUCGGCGCAGCUUCAGCAAAAUACGCCGCAAGUCGAGCGAUGCAAGAACUGUGGUGUUCGCUGGAAGCGGCCUUUACCCGGAGAGAAUCAAUUUCGUAAUAGUUCGCCCGCACAAAACAUACGCGAACAGACGAGGUUGACGGAGGAUUAUAUCAAACGACUAGAAAACCACACAAAGUACGCCGACGAAGCGUAUGCACAUUGGGUACGCCAACAUCAGAUGUGCGCUGCGACUGCAACUAGUCCGCCUGAGACGGAAGCCGCCCAUAAGUCACGGAGCAGAAGCGUAGAAGACCCUUCACCUCCUAGUCCUCCAACCUAUCCUGUUUCUGCCAAGCGAAAGUCCGAGAUACCUCACGAAGCCUCCAAGUACCGAAAAGUAGUAACAUUCGACCCCCCAUCCAACCCGACACCACCCGUCCGCCCCACCGCUCCGGCUUAG